GGCUUCAGUAUCGAUAAGUGCAGCGAAAGAGCGCGGAACACCAUGACCAAGGGACAACGGCGUGAGAUGUCACCGGUCAACGUGAGUCGCGCAGUGUUGAUAGGCAAAGGAUUGUUUGAGCGUAACGUAGGCGUUCGCGUGUAGGAGAAUGAGGACGGGUUGCUGUCGAGCGGAGACGGCGUGGCGACUGAAGGCGAAGAGGAAGAGGAGGAGAUUCCCGUCCGUAGCUCCAUAAUGAAGGACCAGGAAGAGCACCAAAAUUCUCAGUCAAUCAGUGAAGAAGGCGAACAGCUGACGCCGUACGUUGCCAAGUGCUACGGGCACCUGGAGACGCUGAGGAAGCGAAAACGCGAGCAAGAGGAGCAAGUGGAGACACUCGUCGAAGAAACCUUUGGGCAGAUCGAAGCUAUCAUGCAGGAGAUGAUGCGAGGACUGCAGGAGCGCCACGCUGCGUCACACGCUCAGUUUGAAGCCACCGGCGACAAACUCAUGCGGAGUCUACGCGCGCACAACCGGGUUCGUACAGAUUCCGUUGCUGUCGUUAGUGCGCUCACUGACGUUAUUGUGCAGAUGGAGAAGAAACUCAAGAUGAUCGCGGCCAUUCUGCUGCGCGAGGACGAUGGGAAGCAGGAGGUUGAAUAGGGAAGCAACUUCAACGAUUUCCGAAAUAUUACAUUAACUUUCCUCGAUGGCUACACAUCCAUCCGAAAUAUC